CAUGACAUUACUUGUGAAUUCGUUUUCGUUGAAAAAACAAGUGCUCACAUUAAUUCGUCCGUACACGAAACAGGCCGCAUUUCGAAAGGAUUACAACGAAUCGUUUAGUGGAUUAACAAAAAAAUAAAAAUUCUUUUGACAAAAAAAAUGAACAAAUUCAGUGUGAUUUUGUCACUUGUUUGCGUCACAUUGACGUUGGCCGAACCACCAAGCUCAUAUUUGCCACCACAACCAAGUAGUUCGUAUGGUGCACCCAGUGGUGGAGGCGGCGAUCUUUUAUCGGGCCAUGGCGGUGGCUAUCAAGCCAUUGGAAGUGGUUAUCAAGAGAGCGAAGGUGCAUACCUAGACCCACAACUUCUUCAUAAAAUUGAAGAAAUUUUGUUAGAUGAAGAAAACCAGAAAGGCCGUGGAGGAGGUUUCAGUUCAUUGUCUAGUUCUUAUGGGCCUCCGUCGAACAAAUACGGGCCGCCUUCAAGUAGCUAUGGUCCACCGCCUUCAGGUCAUGCUGGCGAACGUGUUGUUGGCAUUAAACUCGGUCACAUAACUCAGGGAUUGCAAGUUGCUCAAUUCCAUCAAUCUGUGCAAGCUCCUUCAUCAAGCUAUGGUCCACCAUCGUCGUCGUCGUCAUUCUCCAUUCCUUCAUCAUCGUAUGGACCACCUUCGUCAUCCCAUUCAUUUAGUUCGUCAUCACACAGCUCAUUCUCGGCCCCAUCCUCUUCGUAUAGUUUGUCAUCGUCGUAUUCGACUCCAGUUUCAGCCCCAAGCUCUUCGUACGGUGCUCCAUCCGUCCCAAGCUCAUCGUACGGACCUCCGUCAGUACCAAGUGGAUCAUAUGGACCACCGUCAGUGCCAAGCGGCUCAUACGGACCUCCAUCAGUUCCGAGCGGUUCAUACGGACCUCCAUCAGUUCCAAGCGGCUCAUACGGACCUCCAUCAGUGCCAAGCGGCUCAUACGGUGCUCCAAGUGUGUCAUCCAGUUAUUCAGCUCCAGUUCGUGCGCCAUCCUCAACAUACGGUAGCCCAUCAUUCGGUUCAUCAUCACACUCAUCAUCUCACUCAUCCUCUUCAUUUUUGUCACCACCUCCAUUGCAAUCAUCAUACGGUGCACCAUCACGUCGACCAUCUUCAUUGUACGGCGCCCCAUCCCAACAAACAAUUUACAUUAUCCAACCAAGAACGCCAAGUUCAUCAUAUUUGCCAACAAACUCAUACUUGCCACCCCAUCGUCACUAAUUCAUUCACCUCAUUUCAUUUAGCGAUUUUAGAAAAUACUUAAGAAAAUUCCACUUCAAAUGAAUACUAAAAUGACGUACAAAUUUCUGUCUAUGUAAUCGGGAAUGCAAGUUGUGAAUCAUCGCAAAAAAAUUUAUGAGAAAUUCAUUAUUUAUUAUUUUCAUUGAGCUUUGUUUAAAAACAAAACAUAAGUUAAAAUCAAUUAUUCCGACACAAUCAAUUGUGUCA